AUGUCUGGCCGUAACUGGAGCGGUAACGGAACUGCUCUAUUGUUCUCGUUAAAUUCCUUUCCCCCGCGUUCUCGCGCAUGCCAGUCUCCCGUUCUUUAGGAGAAGAGACAGGGAGGCUGAUGCGCUCGCCUUGCUGCCCCUUACGCAUUGGCUGAACGGAGACCUCUGCUGUUUUUUUAGCUUAUAUUUUUAGCAGCGGAGGUCGGACUCGUAUUGCAUCGCGCGUGGUAGAAAGUGCAGUUCAUCUGCAGUGCUGCUGAGCGCUGGAGAACCGCAGUGUGUUGCGCUGUGAACGCUCAAGCUCAGCAUACUGAACGAGUCCGCUAUUACGGCGAAUGAUCUGAAGUAAACACGCAGGUCUGUCUGUUCGCGGAGCGCUGGAUAUCUCAUCUAGGCUGUCUUGCUAAGCCCUUGUUUUGGAAAUGGCCAGUCCUGGAGACGAUUCGGCUUCAAAUGCCCAUCUGGAUCAAGCUGAAUCUGCGGACGCUACCCCAGAACCAGCGUUUCAAGAGGCUCAAAAAUGGAUCGAGGCAGUGACAGGAAGAAGUUUCGGUGACAAGGAUUUUAGAAGCGGGCUGGAGAACGGCAUUCUGCUCUGCGAGUUGCUGAGUUCAAUCAAACCAGGCCUUGUGAAAAAGAUCAAUAGACUUCCAACACCCAUUGCAGGGCUGGAUAAUCUGACCAUGUUUCUGAGAGGAUGCGAAGAGCUGGGAUUGAAGGGAUCACAGCUGUUUGAUCCCGGAGACCUGCAGGAUACUUCGAUACGAGCAAACUUAACGGGCUCUGACUGCAGUAGAAAGCUGAAGAAUGUGCUCAUAACCAUAUACUGGCUUGGUAAAGCUGCUAACAGCUGUGCAACAUACAACGGCCCCACACUCGACCUGAAAGAGUUUGAGGGGCUUCUUUCCAUGAUGCGAAAGGAGUAUGUAAAUGAAGAUUUAGACUCCCCUAAGCGCAGUAUAAGGGACAGCGGUUACAUUGACAGCUGGGAAUCAGAGCGCUCUGAUUCGCUGUCUCCUCCGAGGCAUGGCCGUGAUGAUUCGUUUGACAGUCUCGACUCAUUUGGCUCACGAUCACAGAACACACCCUCCCCAGACACAGUUAUUCGCUGCAACAGUGAUGACUCUGAAGGUGAUGCUGGUCAUAGAAAGUUGCCAGACGUGCGUAAGGAUGACAUGUCUGCCCGCCGCGUGUCCUACAAAGAGCCUCGCGCAGCUCUACCCUUUAAUCAGUAUCUGCCAAACAAAAGCAACCAGACCAACUACCUUCCUGCUCCCCUGAGGAAGAGGAGGAGCGACAGAGAGGAAGACAGGAGGAGUCUGAGCAACUCAACAUCUCCUGUAGGAGAAAGACCUCUCAGACAAGAGUGCUUAGAAGUGUUAAAAGAGGGGGCUGUCGUGUCUCGAAGCCUUGCGUUCCAGAAAAAUUCCACCUGGGUGAAUGAGAAAGGGGUGGAGCUUGAGGAGGCGGAGCUUACGAAAAUGAGAAAGCUGGAAAAGGCGGGAAUAAAAGUAUUACCUGCCUCUGUGCGAUAUAACAGUCCAAUUGUGAACCCUGUGGAGGCCAGUAAAGUUAAACUACCUUCACCUGAAAUCAUUCUCCGUCGUGACAAUGAGUUCAUGCGCACUGCUGCUCCACAACAGUGGGACUCGAAUGAGGAAGAUGAUGACGAAGAGGCAGAAUGGAAGGUUCCGGAUGUCCAAAAGGAUGAUCUUGCUUCUCGAAGAGCACGAAUGAAUCAGUUCAAACCCAGCGUGGCACAUCACUACCUGCCACGCUCUUGUAGCUGGAAGGACCGAGAAAAAUGGGAGGGAAUCAGACUGGCAUCCCAGCAUGCCGUGUUGGAGAGGAUGGAGAAGAUGGAACAGGAGAAAAGAAGUCAGGCUGACUCUGCCUCCCCUGAGGUGCCAAUCAUAAUUCGUAAGGACAAUCCUUUCCUGAAUCCUGAAAAAGACAGGGGACAAGAGGGUGAUGAGGAAGUUGAGAGAGAGGUAGAUGGGAAGAUAGUUGUUCCAAACCCACUCAAAGAUGAUCUAGCCAGGAGGCGGACUGGGAGAGGGCCACACCCUCCCAAAGAUCCUCAUCAGUCAUUGGUCCAGACUUCCAUCACUCAGUCAGACCUGGAGAAAUGGCAGAGACUCAAGAUGAAUACAGAUAGCAGUGAGUCUGACUCCACUCCUGCUGAAGUGUCUAUCAUAACUCGCAAGGACAACCCCUUCCUGACCCCUGAGAAAGACAGUGAGAGUGAGCAGGAGAAGGAGGAGGGAACAGACAGAGAGAAGGGGGCAAGGGUGGUGAUGCCUAAUGUAAAGACAGAUGACCUGGCCAGAAGGCGGGGCCAAAGUGGGCCUGUCCCACAGAGGGACCCCCGGCAGUCAUUGGCUCAAACAACCAUGACUCAGUCAGACCUGGAGAAAUGGCAAAGGCUCAAGAUGAAUACAGAGAGCAGCGAUGACCCUAUUGUCCCUCUGUGUCAGACGUGUCUUGAGAAAGGCUGCCUCUCUGUUUCCUCCAAGAUGAAGGUUGCCAAGAACGACCUGGCCAGUUGCCGAGAACGUUCCUCCGGUGAACGGCGGCGUUUUGUGACAUUUGGGGGUGUGACAGAGAUGGAGAGUACUUCCUGGAAAGAGGAGGAGAAUGAGGAAGGGGGAGAGGGACAGGGGGACGAGGCAGAGAAGCUUCGAUAUCUCCUCUCGAUGGCUCCUGUUGCUGUGCCCACCAUAGGGCUGGGCGCCAUACUGACAAAGAGAGCGGUGGGCAGUGGAGAUGCAAACCCUGAGCCUCCUCCCAUCAUGCCCCCUGAACCUCCGAACCCUGUUAUGUUUGACCUUAAAAGGCCUUUGACCUCCACCGAGCGCAGAGUGCUGGAGGAGGAACUGGCUGAGAAAGCAAAGAAUGAGAUGGAGGAUGAUGAAGAGGACGAAGAAGAAGAGAGGCAACCAGAUAUAGAAAAGGAUGACAUGCUAGCUCGUAGAACAGGAGCAUUUCAGAAGCCAGGAAGCGGGACUUCAUAUAACAGAUUCCUCCCGCAGCCGCGUUCCAAGAGAGAGGGUGCUACAGCAGCUUCAUUAGCCCAGAAAGGAACAAGUGGAGAAAGAGAUCUCCAAUACCUUGAAAGAAGCAUAAAGACAAAGAGAACCAAGAUUGGACAGAGAAAUGAACCAGUCGAACAAGUAACAAAGACACCUGUUCCAGUUGCUGUAGUCACAGAAAAGAGCCCCGACAUUGUGCGUUCGUCUGCAACUAACACCAAUCGCUCAGGCGGUUACGAUGAUGAUGAUGAUGAUGAUGAAUGUGGGGAUGACGAUCAACUGCCAGGUUUUGAGAAGGAUGACAUGCUGGCACGAAGGACUGGAUCUUACCAACCAAGUGCAGGACAGGCUUUUAAUGCUUUUCUGCCCAAACCUGGUGCUGUUAAACAUAAAAUCACUCCUUUCAGUGGAUCGCAGUCAUACCUCAAGCCAAGAGAGCAAGAGACAGCCCCAUCUCUGGACAGCUUCACCCUUAGCUCUGUGGCCCCGCCCCCAAGAGAUGCUGAGGACACGCCUAGGAAGUGCCCUCAGAUGAUGGACAGGCAGGAGGCGGGCUCUGUGGGUGAGGUGGGACAUGAAAGUCUUAUUAAAGAUGAGACUAUUACCAAAAGCCCCUCCCCCAGACCUCACCAACCCCCACGUCGGCCCCUUUGGCAGGAAGACGAUGAUCUCCCCCCAAUAUUCAGAGCUACUAGUGUUUCUGACACAGAGAGUAUGAGUUUGAUUGACAUGCGUGAUGAAGAGGAUGAGAUGGCCUGCCUUCGUCCACACAGCCAAUCACGACAUGAGCACCUACACAACCAGUACAACAAACUCAAAGAGGAGGAGGAUCAGUGGCAGGACGACUUGGCUCGCUGGAAAAAUCGGAGGCGAAGUGCAUCUCAAGAUUUGAUCAAAAAGGAAGAAGAGAGGAAGAUGAUGGAGAAGCUAAUGACAGCGGAUGGAGGAUCUGGCCAUCGCAGGAAGAGCAUCAAGACAUACAAAGAAAUCGUAGAGGAGAAAGAAAAAGAAAAACAAUAUUUGAAAACUUUUGUCCACUUAAUAAAACUUAUGAAGUGUGACCAACCACCUGCAAACCCUUAUGACUGUAUGUCAAGAGAACGUAGGGAACAGGAGCUACAUGAACAAUACUGUAAGGCCUCCACCGCAGAAGAGAAAGCAGCUGUGCUUCAACGCUAUGCUCUCCGUUUCACCAUCAGCGAUGCCAUACUGGAGAAACUCCAGCUCCCCAAACUCCCUUCUGCUGCUCCACCAAUGCACACGUCACCUCUUCAUCAACCUGAGAAGAAGCUGACGUGCACCACCUUAGUAGAAGCAGAGAUCCCAGAGCCUGAACAAACUACCCAAACACACCACAGUGUCCAUAUAGACCAGAAGACUGCGCAAAAACAGGCACCGGCACAGCCCAAAGCCCCUGAACCAUCACCUUCUGAGACCACCAAAGCUCCAGAAGUCCUGCCAGCACCCACACGAGUUCCUCCGGCUCCAUCAAAGCCUGUACCCCUGAUCACCCCAAAACCCUACAGCCAGCCCAAAUUCAGCCAAGGCCUCCGCAAAUCAGUGAAGAGUGAUGGGCUGAUACGUGUGAAUGGUGACAGCACUCAGCGGGAGAGCAGAGAGAGGGAUGAUAGAGAUUCUAUGUCGUGUCCUCAAAUCAACUUCUCUUCCUCACCUCCAAAGCCAGAUACUCAAAGUCAACAAAAUGAGGAGCUCAUUGUUCUAGAAGCCUCAGAACACCAGCAAAACUUACAGACUUCCAUUUCUGACAAGGAGAAUGAAGUCAUAAAGGAGGAAAAAAAGUGUUCUCUUAGUCCUCAGGAAGAGAAUAGCAAAGAAGACACCUCAACUACGCUGUCGGUGUCAGAACCAGAAGGAAAGCAGCCAGUGCCUGACACGAUGAUGAAGCGCAGCUGUGUUGUCACGACAACCAUAGUGACAGAACUCACUCAGACACACCCCGUCCCACCAACUGAUGCGUCCAGCACCGAGGAGCUCGAUUCAGUCCAUAGUUCAUGUGAUGUGAGUUCAACUGCCGAGUCAAGCAAGGCUGAGCAGACUUCACACUCGCUCUCAAUGACAGAGGGGAUUGACUACUCCAUUGAUUGUAUUGAAACCCCAAUGUUGAACCUUGCAAAAAGGGUUGAUCACUGGACAUGGGAUCCUAAUGAAGAGCGUAGACGUCAGGAGAGGUGGCAGCAGGAGCAAGAACGCCUGCUGCAGGAGAAAUAUCAGCGAGAGCAAGAGAAACUAAAGGAGGAGUGGGAGAGAGCGCAGAGAGAAGUGGAAGAGGAGGAGAGGAGACACCAUGAAGAGGAAAGGCGGAUACUGGAGGAAACCGUGACCCCACUGACACCUCGCACCUCAGGUUUACCAUCCAGUAUGGUGACAGAGGCUCCGUCCCUCACCCAGCCCUCGGCCCCACAUGACACCAUUGUCCUCUCCUUGGCUGACUGGGAAAGGAAACAGGAAAUGUUGGAAAAACAGGCACAGACAAACCAGAGUAACGGACUUACACACAGCCCUGAUCAAGUAAUCACACCAGCUCGGCAGAAUGGUCAGAGAACUGAACCUCAGGAGAGCCAAACAGCUACACCACAACUGCAGUUUAUACAGGAUGGCUCUUGGAGCUGCAAGUCUAACGACAGACAAGAAGAUUUGAAGAAAACUGCCUCACUGGAUCGUAAACAGAGUCCACCUCAGAGCCAGACCACAAAGAUGAGGAGGACUGGGUCGUGUGAAAAUGUUUUAGGGACGCACCCAUCAAAAUCACCCACACCAUCACAAGACACGCCACCUCCAUCACCCAGCAGGUCAGUAAGUGGAAAGAAGCUUUGCUCCAGUUGUGCACAUCCGUUGGGUAAAGGAGCAGCUAUGAUCAUUGAAAGCUUGGGGUUGUACUUCCAUAUUCAGUGUUUUAAGUGUGGAAUAUGUAAAGGGUUACUUGGAGACACAAGUGCUGGAACUGACGUCAGAAUUCGAAAUGGACUUCUUAAUUGUCAAGAAUGCUACAUAAAAUCAAGAGCUGCUGGCCAGCCAACAACAUUGUGAUGCCUCUGCAAUUCUGACAAAGAAAUGGAACUGAAAUCAGGUUAAACCGACCCAGGACCAUACCCAAGAAGAACGGAUUUUACGUUUAUACAACGUUUCCAACAGUUUUCCUUACAGCACAAUCAAGCAUAGACAUUAAAGUCAAAACUGGAAUCAUGGACGCAUGAUGGGUUUUCCUCUGGACUUUCUUUGACUGUCUUUGUGCUCGCUGAAUGAUUAAAAGUCCAUAAGAUAUUACUGCGAUUACAGAGAUUACAGCGAGUCUGUUCAUACUGUUAGUUUUACACUUUAGAAUGAGAAGUAACGGUAGCACUUUACCUCACAGUGGCCAUGUUACACACAUCACAAUAGCAAUAAGGCCAGAAACAUACUUUACACAAAUGCAGAUUAAUGUGUCAAUAUCAAACCUCACUUCUAAAGGCUGAGAUAGAGAUAAAGUCAAAUGCCUGUGCCAUUAACCCAAAUAAUAUCUAGGUAGCUGUAUACACACUCACAACACUUGUCAGUGGGGCAGUGCCUUUUAAAAUGUACUAAUACAUACUAUUUAGGUACUAAUAUGUACCUUAAAUGUACUAAUAAUUUUUUGAGUGUAUAAAUAAUAUAAAAAUCAAGAUUCUCUUAAAACCGUUGCCUCAUGACAGUAGUUUGCCUGAGAGAGAAAACUGAUUUGUAAAAGCCAAUGGGUCAAGGCUAUUCUAGGAGCAAAAAGCAUCUUUUGUCAUUGACGGCCAUUCAGAAGUAGCAUUGUAUUCUGAAACAUUGGGGAGACCAUUUUUUGGAGUGAGUUUGUAAUGGUCUUUUUAUUCAAAGGAAUUAAAUAAUUAAAGGAUUCUUUUAAAAAAUAUGGAAGAAUAUUUUUUUGUAAAAAAGAAGAUAUACGAAUAGCAAAAUAAGAAAAGAAAAUUUUUUUGUAAAGUUGUCAAUUUGAACUGUUUGCAAAUAAUAUUUUUAUUUUCAAAUUCCCAUUAUUCAGAUAUGCCUAUGUAAAAAUGCAAAAUGGCAGCAUAAUUUGAAAUGGCAAAAAUAAUAAUAAUAAUAAUAAAAACAACACUGGAUGUUACUGUUGGUUGUUUAACAUUUUUAUGUUAUAAAAACGUUUCAAAUAUUAACUGUUUAGCUACUUACCUUGCACUCUUUCACUGUUCGUAAUCUGUGAACAGUAUUGACUCUGGGGGUUACGGCACUUAAGCAAUUUAUAAAUGGCAGAUAUUAGAUUUUCAUAUUUUGCCAGGCAUUUUUGAUGCCUCAUAAGUUAAAUUGACGUCAUAGUUUAAUAUACUCACUACUUAGGGUGCAUAGCUAGAAUGAUCUACAUUCACAUACUUGUUUAGAGUAUGUUUUGGUCCUAACACCAAUGACAUGGAUAAACUUCCACAAAUUAACUACAUAUUGACCACAUGUUGUUCAUGAGUAGUACUUGCGUAAAUACAUAGUAACAUGGGCACUGUAAUGUACAGUGAGACUGAAUCCAUUUCCAUUGUGAGAAACAUGAGGUAGCACAAAAUGUCCAGUUUUCAUUUAAGAAAAUUUUGCAUUAAUAAUAAUCUCAGUUUUGUAAAGGUCUUGCAAGUAUGUCACAUUAUUCUUAAAUGUUCCACUAACAGACAAACGCAUAAUAUGCGUCUCUUAGGCCUAGCUGAUUCGUCCUGAUGCCUUAACUGACAACAUGAAAUAAAUACAGAUAAGAUUGUCCAUCACUUUUUUCAUUUAUGUUUUCAAAACGUCUUCAUGAACUGGAGUGGUUUUGAUUGAAAUGUUCCGUUCCUGUCUCCAUUUCUCAUUGCCUGUUUUAUCUGGUUUGAUCAGUGAGGGGUUUAUUUGUGCAGUAUUGUUUAACAGCAUGUUGCUAAUGGCUAGAUCUUACAUUUCCAUUCGAUUAUUUUUCAAAAUUUGUUAUUAAUAUUUACGUUUUGCUCUGCAGUUGAAUAGUAAGAAGAUUGCAUGGUCCCUGAAACUUUCCUUAAUUACGCUUUACAUUACAAUGUCCAUGUAACACAUACAUUACACGCUACUAAAAUAAAUGACUAAAGUAAUAACAUUAACUGUGCAAAGCAGCUCCACAUAAUCAGAAGUAUAUUAUGUAAUAACUUAUAAACACUGUAAUGUAAAGUGUAAGCCUUUUCUUUCAGUUUUUUUUUUUUUAAUAUUCCGUUAAAAUCGGUUUUGUGUGUUCUGUUGCCUUUCUCUCUUCUGCAAUGUUGUGCCUUAGAAAUGCGCUCCUAGAUAACGUCUAGUGUCAGCCACCCUUGCAUCCAAAGCUUCAAGUUACCAAUGUGUAUUGGUGAGAGUAUUAUGCAUAUGCACUGAGCACUCUGCUUUUACCCUUGUACUUUAUUCAAACACUAUGAAUGUGCGGACAAGAGAUUUAAAAAAUGAAACUAACACCCUCUGUAAGCUUUUCACUCAUUUCAUGUGCAUUUAGCGAUGUAAAAUUGUUAAAUAUAUCUAUAUUUAUCUAAAUCGACUGGAAAAGAUUGCAAUCCUAAAUGUCACCAAAAUAUCAAAUUCAACAACGAGGACAGAAUGUAUUAAGCAACACUAGCGUAUAAUUCCUGCUUUUUAACUUCUGCUUAUGCUUUCUGUUAAUAUUUGAGAUUAAAAGACAUUGUCAUUUAGAUGCGGGGGUUUUUGAUUGUUGCUUGUAUAUCGUUUGUUUUAUUUUGUGACAUUGUAAGAAUAUGAACUGAAACCGAAGUAAGGCAAUAAUUACUGGAAAGAGUAGCCAAGGAUGAGUGAGAUGUGUGUGACAAAUAACUUCAUAUUCUGUAUUUAUUAUACCCUUUUAAAAACGAGCGAUAUAAGACAACCUACAAGACGCUGAAAUGCAAUGGCUUUUAUAGCAAGUGUAUGUUUUUAAAUAAACUGUAAUAAACUAUUUUAAAUGCACUAGCAUUUGACCCACA